AUGAUUUUGACUUUGGGAGCUAGGAAUAAAGUUGUGUUUGUUGAUGGAACGUAUCCAGUAGUGGCUGAGAACCAUCCAGAUUUUGCAUCUUGGUCUCGUUGCAACAACAUCGUUUGUACUUGGAUUGUUAAUGCUGUGGAGAAAUCGAUUGCAAAAAGUAUCAUGUACUUAUCUACGGCGAGACAGGUGUGGUUAGACAUCCAUGACCAGUUCAAGCAGAGUGAUGAACCACAGACUGCAGAGAUCAAGCAACAAAUCCUUGCAGAGGUUCAAGGUUCUCAGAGUGUGAGUGACUACUAUACAAAGUUGAAACAGUUGUGGGAGGAGUUGAAAAACCAUGAGAGUCCUUAUAUAUAUUGUUGUGGUCAUCGUGAUUGUGCUAAUCUCAAAAGGAUUGUUGAUAGAGAUGAGCAAGACAAUAUCUUGAAGUUUCUUAUGGGUCUCAAUGACACGUUUACUGCAACAAGGGGUCAAAUCUUGAUGAUGGAGCCAAGACAAAACAUCUCUAAGGUGUUUAACCUUGUAUCUCAGGAGGAGAGACAACAGUCGAUGAAGAGUACAAGUGCCGUUGCUUUCAACAUUUCUCAGAAUACUCCUGAUGAAGCGUAUGUCGCAGCUUAUACUGGUGGGUAUAACAAGAACAGACCUCGCCCUAUUUGUUCACAUUGUGGCCUCGCUGGACAUACUGUCAAUCGCUGUUACAAGCUUCAUGGCUACCCUCAAGGAUAUAAGCAUCCGGGUUCCAACAACAACAGGCUGCAGAAUCAAGUUCAAUCUCCAGACUCUCAGAAAUCUACACAGAAUUGGCCGCCUCGCAAAGAAAAUGUUGCCAACAUGGUUUUUCAGGAUAUUGGAGGUAUAUCUGUGCAUAAUCAACAUGGAGCUCACUUGGGAACAGUUACACAUGAACAAGUUCACCAACUUCUCAAUGUCUUGAGCAUUCAAAAUGCCCCUCUUAUAGACAAGUUUUCUCAGAUAUCUAGAAGUACUAUUAACCUCUUAGACGGAACAACUUUAACUUCUAAACCACAACCUCAUCUCAUUACCCAAAUACCUUCGGAUUUUCCACCUUCAGGUAUCUCUAUAGAUUCUCAUUUUGUUUCUACGGCAAUGAAGAAUGCCCUUACUGUUUUAACUCCUGCUUGGGUGAUUGGUAUCAAAGCCCAUGGUGAAAGCCCAACAUAUGAUUUCCCACAUAAACAGUUUCCUACUUAUGUAGCAUGUACAAGUGGCCCAUAUUGCCGUGGUAUAUCCGAGAUGUUGGGCUUGGGCUGUUUCCUUUGGACCGUUUCCCACCCACAUCUCGAGAGGGCUAUUAAUAUGUCCCACAUCGGACACAUGUGA